AUGACAAGGAUCAACUUGGAAAGUUCGACUCAAGGAGUGAUGAAGGCAUAUUUCUGGGUUAUUCAGGCAAUAGUUCAGCUACAGAGUCUUCAAUCUUCGGUCCAAGAUGAUUAUGGAGUCGGUCAAUGUUGUUUUGAUGAUCGAUCAAUUGCGGCCAUGGGAGACUCUCCAAUAUUUCAUGAACCAGAAGUCAGCGAAGCAGAAACAGAAGCAGAGGAGGUUCGUGAAGAAGAAGAAAAGGUUCAUGAGGAAGUCUCUGACACAGCUCCUGAUGUAGGUCUCCCACUGACACAAGUUCACAGAAACCAUUCCUCGAACGAUCUGAUUGGAGACAUCACUGAGCCACGAAGGACGAGAGGAAUCAAGAUGAACUAUAAGCAGAUGGUCAGCAUGGCAAUUAUCAAUUUGAGUGCUUUGUCUCUGCCAUAG